AUGUCGGCGCCUGUGAUGACGGUGGAGGAGAUGUUAGAGAGGCUGAGGAGAGAAGCGGAGGUGCGGGGGCCUGGCUGGCUGCAGGAGCAGGUUGGUGCAUGCAUAGUUUCACCUGCUCCUGUGGCUACCCCUAAUGUUCGGGCUGCCCGGCCGCGGCGGAGUAUUCCACCGGCGCGCCUAAGCCCUGAAGUCACCCCCCGGGCCCGGCGCCGAGUAGGGAGCCCCCCUGUGGACCCUCGGCGGCGGAGAGCGGCCGCUCAGCCUUCUGCGAGCCGCUCUCGCCGUGGGAGGAAUCCCGUUACGCGGCGGGGCCCUGUGAGGAGUGGGACGCCCCUUCCCCCGCUCCCUGCGGCUGUGCAGCUGGAUUCGGGACCAGGAACGGUGGACCGGCCCAGUCCCUCCUUCAGUGGGCGGUCCACUCGGCGGUCUGAUGAUGUCCGGGUUCCUCGGACUGCGCUGGUGGAGGACGAAUACCAGCGCAGGUCCAGAGAAGAUUUGAGCAGCGUGGAAGAAGGUCCCCUUGCAGUGGUGGAGGCCGCGGUCUCGUCCCGGUGUCCGGCCAGUGUGGUGCAGAGGGUCGUGCAAGUGGUCCAGGAGGAGCAGCCGUCGACGUCCAGGAGCUAUGAUGGUGCAGUGUCCGUGCGGCAGGAGUCAGGAUCUGCGGCAGCGGGAGUCACAGCGCCCGUGGUGCCUGGUCGAAUGAUGGCGGCGUUGGUGUGGAUUUUGGGGCACUCCUAUGUGUUCUGGGGUGCAAUCAGAGCGGAUGUGAGGCCGAGUGGUCGGCAGUUGGGUGUGAGUCCGGAGUUGGCUACGGUCAGGUGGUUAGGAGUCAGAGUAUCUCUUCAAAAGGAUCCCACAGACAUGUAUAAAAAAGACUUAAAACAACUGAUACAAAAAGAUUUUGAUUUUAACCGGAUCAUCACUCCAAGUAAGAUUAAUUUGCAUUAUUAA